AUGAGAAACCCAACCACAGCUUCGCGGCCAAGUACUGGCCAGCCAAUUGAGGUUCGCAUCAGAACUACAGAACCCCGAGCUAUUGAAGUUCGAGCCAGAGAGGCCUUGCCGAGGAGCAAGUCAUUUCACCAGCUAUCUUCCCGUGUGGAGCUGCAAGCCUUCGAGUGGAAUUUGCCUGCCGACCACAAGCACUGGCGACGACUUCGGCGCGCGCUGCCGGCACUGAGGUCCGUUGGUGUGAACAGCUUAUGGCUGCCGCCCGGAAGCAAAGCCAAGGAUCCCGAGAGUAACGGCUACGACAUUUACGAUGCCUGGGAUCUAGGAGAGUUUGACCAAAAGGGCUCAGUCCCCACCAAAUGGGGGACGAAGGGAGACCUUGCGUCUUUAGCGGCGGAUGCGGAGCACCACGGCAUUGGGCUCGUCUGGGACGCUAUUCACAACCACCGCGCCUACGCUGACGGCACUGAGAUGGUGAAGGUGGUCGAGGUUGAUCCGCAUGAUAGACGAAGAGACACCACAGACGUCUAUGAAAUUGAGUCAUGGACCAAAUUUGACUACAAAGCUAGAGGGGGCAAGUACAGCAAGUUCAGAUACAAUAAGUCGCAUUUCAACGGCACAGACUGGAACCAACAGAACAAGAAACGUGCCAUCUACAGGUUUGUAGAAGACGGCAAGAAAUGGCAUCAAGACGUCGGCGACCUCCAAGGAAAUGCUGACUACUUGAUGCUCGAAAACCUUGACUACACCAACCCUGAGGUCGUCAAAGAGCAGCAUCAGUGGGGCAAGUGGAUCGUGGAUGAGCUCGGUCUCAAAGGCUUCCGUGUAGAUGCCGUACAGCACAUCUCAUGGAACUUCAUCAGCAAAUGGGCCGAGCACUUGAGGAAGCCAGCCAUUCGCAAUGAUCUCAUGUUUAUUGGCGAGUUCUGGCAUGGUGAUGUGCGCGUCUUGAACAACUGGUUGGAGCACAUGCCAGCAUUCUUCAGCCUCUACGACGUGCCUCUGAUGUACCACAUCGAGAGAUUGUCAUGGCACCGAGACACGGACUUGAGGCAGGUGUUCAAGGACACACUAGUGGAACAACGACCCAACAACGCUGUCACUUUCAUUCGUAAUCACGACACUCAGAAAGGUCAACAGAUGGACACCCCAAUCUGCAAGGAGUUCAUGCCCUUUGCCUACUCUAUGAUUCUUCUCAGACGCGAUGGUCACCCAUGCGUCUUCUUUGGUGAUCUAUACGGCAUCGAGCUUACCCAUCCCGAAGCGCCUAUCCAAGACCUUCCCAACCUUCUCUUGGCCAGGAAGCUUUAUGCUUACGGGGAGCAACACGAUUACUUCGAGCGGCCUGACUGUAUUGGAUGGGUCAGGCGCGGAACGGAAGAGAGACCCGCCGGCAUGGCCGUCGUCAUGAGCUGGACACAGGCUGAACAUACUGACACUCGGUUAUCAAUGUUAGUUGGUGCAGACCACGCCGGGGAGGUCUGGACCGAUGUCCUCGGAAUGGAGUCGGCCGCAGUUACGAUUGAUGUGAACGGUGUGGGCUCUUUCUACUGCCCGAAGAACAAGAUGGCGUGUUUCGUCAACUCGGAUGCGAAGGGAAGGAAGAAAUUCCCUGUCAAGUUCGAUUCUGACUUUCGCAGCCUUGUUGAAUAG